CACAGGCUGAAAUCAUUUGUGCUCGCUCCAGUUGCAGUAUCUACCUUUAACCUCUUUAACCUCAACAUGACCAGCAACUAUUACAACCCGAACAUGACAGGCAGCUACUACAACCCAAACAUGACCGGCUAUUUAGGACAUACCAUACAUAAUAACCAAGAGCUGAGGAUAGUGUUGGUGGGGAAGACUGGAAUUGGGAAGAGCGCCACAGGAAACACCAUUCUGGGGCAACCCUGCUUUGACUCCAAGUUCAGUCCGAUGUCUUUGACCGUGAACUGUUUCAAGAGCAAAGCUGUGGUGGACGGGCAACUGGUUGCUGUUAUCGACACCCCGGGCCUGUUUGACACCAGAUUUGGUAUGGAUAAAACAACUAAAGAUAUUUGCCAGUGCAUCACUUACGCUGCUCCUGGACCCCAUGUGUUCCUGGUGGUCAUUAAACUGGGCCGAUACACCGACGAGGAGAAGCAGACGGUGCAAAGGAUUCAAGAAAUCUUCGGCCAGGCUGCAGACAGAUACAGCAUGGUUCUCUUCACUCAUGGUGACCAACUUGAAGGAAAUCCAAUUGAGGAAUUCUUGGCUGAAAGUCCAGACCUGCAGGAGCUCGUGGCCAGAUGUAAUGGCCAGUACCACGUCUUCAACAACAAGAACAAAGAUCGUUCUCAGGUCACUGAGCUGUUUCAGAAGAUCAGAAACAUAGCCCAGAGGAACGGAGGAAGCCACUACACCAACGAGAUGUUCCAAGAGGCUGAGAGGAAAAUCCAAGAGGAGAAACAACGCAUCCUGAGAGAGAAAGAAGAGCAAAAUCGCAGAGAAAGAGAGGAAAUGGAGAGGAAAAUGAAAGAAAAAUAUGAAGAAGAAAUGAGGAAAAUAAAUGAACAAAUCCAGGCUGAGAGGGAGAGGGAGAGAAGAGAGAGAGAGGAGGAGAGGAUUAGGGAGAGGGAGAGGAGGGAGAGGGAGAUGGAGAGGGAGAGA